AUGGGUGUUGUUGAGAUGGGUAAUGAAGCGAUUGAUGAGGAGGUUUGGAGGGCUACGUGGGGUAUCGAGGGGCCACCUAAAUUGCGUCACUUCCUAUGGAAUUCUUGCCAAGGAAAUUUGGCUGUGAAGGAUCGUCUUGUAUAUCUUCACAUUGCUACAGAUGCUACUUGUCCUAUAUGUUAUGCUCCAUCUGAGACUAUUGUCCACUCUUUAUUUGAGUGUGAGUUGGCAAAGGAAAUUUGGCUUCAUAGUAAUUUAGCUAAUGCUUUGGUGGGUGCUCCUACCUCUUCCUUUGUUGAUAGGUGGUUGUGGAUAACUCGUAAAUGCAAUACAAUAGUUGUGGGUAAAAUGGCAGCAUUUAUGUGGGCCUCAUGGAGGUUAAGAAAUAUAUUACUUUUUGAGAAUGAGCAACCACAUUUUGCCAUGUUAACUGCUGGCUUUGUGCGUAUGGUGGAGGAGUAUAAUACAUACUCUAGCAAGGUCCACCGACCUAUGUCUUUUGGGACGGAUGGUGUGAGGACACAAGAAAGUAAUUCAUGGACUCGCCCGCCACAAGGAUAUGUAAAAUUGAAUACGGAUGCCCACGUCGUCGAGAAAUGUAGGACUGGUUUAGGUGUUGUAAUUCUAGACGAGGCUGGUGUAUUAGUAGUAGUUGCGGUAAAGAAAACUCACAAUACUACUCCUGAGAUUGCAGAAGCACUAGCGGUUCGGUAUGGACUAAUAGUUAGGAGGCUUGGGUACGAUCGAAUAUGUGUGGAGAGUGAUUCUAUUAAUGUGGUUAAGGCGAUCAAGAGUAACACGUGCAUGCCUACCCCAAUACACCUUAUCUACAAUGACAUCAAACAAGAUAGCUUAUUCUUUGUGUCUUUCAAUAUCUCUCAUGUGAAACGAGCAUGUAACACAGUUGCUCAUCUAGUUGCAAGAUGGGACACUAGUGAUAACACUUAG